GACGGCUUGACAUCAUAAUGGACGGAGCUCCAGUGUUGCCGUUUCUAGCCAACUGACUGCUGCCGUGUGUCGGAGGGGGGUCGGUUGAACCGGUCUACUUUUUUUUUUAAUUUUCUUUUUUUUUAAAUGUAAAUACUGGCGACUCUGUACAGUGUAUAGGUACGUUGUUAUUUUAGAAAACCCGAAACCAUUCGCGCAUGACCGACUGUCAUGCUAACUUAAGCUAGCCCCUUUUAGCUCGACUGGUCUCUCCGGAGCUCGGCUGCAAUCUGCAGGGUUAGCUCGCUCCGCUGACCCGCUCCGGCCGCCGCGGGGUGGGGGGAGGCUCGUUGCUAGCACGCUACUUCGACUCAUCAAUUGAAAUAUGUUUCUCCGACGACGGCGAGUCGCACACGUGUAGACAUUUGACGGUGACUGUAUAUAAUUCAUCACUGUAGGUGUGAAUGAGUGUAAACAAGCUGUCACCGGGGAACGAGCAGCCAUUGUCCUGCAGACUUGUACCGUAGUUCAGGUGGUUUCAAAGUGGGUUGGUUGUUUUUUUGAUUUCAUAUUUUGUAAGGAAUCCACUCUCAGGCGGCGUGUUUUAGUGACAAGUGUAGCUUCUUAUUACAGAUCAGAGACAGUGUUGUGUUUACCUCGCGCACACACCUGGAGGCGGAAAUACCCAGGAACACUGCACUCUUUUUUUUCCAGUUAGAAUUUCUGUUUUAACAUUUCCACACCACAUACACACAUACCAAACACACCCACAUCUCCUCCUCCCACACACCCGUCCAUCCACUCACUCCCCCCCCCCCCCCCCCCCCCCCCCCCCCCCCCCCCCCCCCCCCCCCACACACACACACACACACACACACACACACACACACACACAGAGCCAUGUCUCCAUCGAUACCCCUGCAAGAGAUGAUCCGGGCCAUCAGGUCGGCCCGGACCCAGUGCGAGGAGCGGGGCGUCAUCCAGAGGGAGUGUGCCGCCAUCCGGGCACAGUUCAGGCAGGUGGACAACGGCGGGGCGCGAUCACACAACCUGGCCAAGCUGCUCUACGUGCACAUGCUGGGCUACCCGGCUCACUUUGGUCAGAUGGAGUGCGUCCGGAUGAUCGCCAGCCCUCGCUACAGCGAGAAGCGCGUGGGAUAUCUGGGAGCCAUGAUGCUGCUGGAUGAGAAGCAGGACGCCAGCCUGCUCAUCACCAACUCCAUCAAGAAUGACCUGGCUCACAGCAACCAGUAUGUCCAGUCUCUGGCUCUUUGCACACUGGCCUGUAUGGGUUCAGCCGAGAUGUGCAGAGAUCUGGCACCAGAGAUCGACAGGCUGCUCCGAGCCUCCAACUCCUACAUCAAGAAGAAGGCGGCUUUGUGUGCUGUCCACAUUGUGAGAAAGGUCCACGACCUCGGGGAGCUCUUUGCCCCGGCCGCUCGGUCCCUCCUCGCUGAGAAGAACCACGGUGUGUUACAUGGUGCCGUGGUCCUCAUCACUCAGCUGUGUGAGCGCAACCCGGAAGCACUGGAGCGCUUCAGGAAGACGGUGCCCGAUCUGGUUCAGAUCAUGAAAGGUCUGGUGAUUUCCGGUUAUUCUCCAGAGCACGAUGUGGCAGGAAUCAGCGAUCCCUUCCUACAGGUACGCAUUUUGAGGUUGCUGAGAAUCCUGGGUCGCCACAAUGAAACGGCCAGUGACGCCAUGAACGACCUACUCGCUCAGGUGGCGACCAACACAGACAGCACUAAGACUGUGGGCAACGCUGUGCUGUAUGAGACUGUUCUCACUGUGCUCGACAUCAAGUCAGAGAGCGGCCUCCGGGUUCUGGCUGUGAACAUCCUGGGAAGAUUCCUCCUGAACAACGACAGGAACAUUCGGUACAUCGCCAUGACCUCUCUCCAGAGGAUCGUCGGGACCGAUCACAACGCAGUUCAGCGCCACCGGGGAACCAUAGUGGACUGCCUGAAAGACCAGGACGCCUCUGUCAAGCGCCGUGCGCUGGAGCUCUCCUUAGCUCUGGUGUCGGCCUCCAACAUCCGCACCAUGAUGAAGGAGCUGCUCCUCUUCCUCUCCUCCUGCCCCCCGGAGCUCAGAGCUCAAGCUGCCAGCGGCAUAUUCCAUGCGGCCGAAAGGUAUGCCCCCUCCCAGCGCUGGCACAUUGACACCAUCCUGCAUGUCCUCACCACGGCAGGGGGCGACGUGAGAGAUGAAACGGUCCCCAACCUGAUCCAGCUCAUCACCAACACGUCUGAGCUGCACUGUUACACCGUCCACAAGCUCUACAGGGCUCUGCUCACCGACAUCUCUCAGCCAUCCCUGGUGCAGGUGGCAUGCUGGUGUAUAGGAGAGUACGGAGACCUGCUGCUGAAGGGAGAAUGCCAGGAGACUGAGCCUUCGCAGGUCACCGAGGAUGACGCGCUGGACGCCUUGGAAACCGUUCUGCAGUCUCACAUGUCAUCGCCGGCAACCAGAGGCUUUGCUCUCACCGCCACCAUGAAACUGAGCACACGCAUCACUGAGAACGUGGAUCGGAUCAGGAGCAUUGUCAGCAUCUACGGCAGCUGUAUGGACGUGGAGCUCCAGCAGAGGGCAGUCGAAUACAAUGCUCUGUUCAGAAAGUAUGACCACAUGAGGGCAGCAGUGCUGGAGAGGAUGCCUGUCAUCGAAAAGAACUCCUCAGGUCACACCAACGGAGAGACAGCCGGGGACGCCGUGAAGGAGAUCCAGCCCGCCGCAGUUAAGCAGACGGGGCCACUGCUGCCGCAACAACCUGCUAACCAGGUGUGUGAUCUGUUGGACCUGCUGGGAGGCUCCGAGGAGCCUCUGCAGCCCAGCACAGCACUGGGCCUGCCCAACAGCACCAGCACCGCAGGAGGAGACCUGCUGGAUCUACUGGGAGGGUUAGAGCUGACGCCCCUGGCACCAGCUCCCACAGUGCCAGUGUAUGAGAAAGACGGUGUGUCUUUGACACUGAUUUGUGAGAAAACGUCGGACUCAGGCAUGACAGUCACGCUCACAGCCUCCAACUCCACCGACUCGGACAUCAGUGUCUUCACCCUGCAGGCUGCUGUACCCAAGAGUGUCCAGUUACACAUGAAGGCCCCCAGUGGGGACUUCCUCCCUGCACGAGGCGCAGCUAAGGUGACCCAGAUGGUGGCCCUCAACAACCCGAACAAGGUGAACCUGAAGAUGAGGAUCCGCAUAUCUUACAACACCAGCCAGGGAUCGGCCUAUCAGGACACAGUGCAGAUCGACUCCUUCCCCGGACUCUGACAGCAGUUAGUCAGUCCGACUGGACUCUGACAGCAGCCUGUGGAUGAGUCAGCAGGCGUCAGCCUCACCGACUUUUGCUGUAAAAAAAAACCUUGAUAGUACGGUCCAGGCUGCUGUUUGUCUAUUACCCAAUUUUCUUUCUUCUUUUUUUUCAUUUGGGCUGAAAAACACUGUUCUUUCACAGGAAGUCACAGCCUCGCGCACAGAGUCACGGUUCCUCCCUCUCCUGGAGCUGAAGUAUAAAUGCGAUUAUUGACACGAACUUUGGAAUAUGCAGGUGAAACACAGAAGUAUUUUUCAAGGCGAUUGUAGGUGACAACUAUCCAUUGAUAUAUAUAUCCGUUAAGUAUCAUCCAGUUGAUUAUAUUCAGUCCAUAAUAACAUACUGUAACGUGGCUUCUGUUGCGUCAGUAAACACCACUCGAUCAUUUCCACAUAUAACACUCCAUGUAUACUCCAACACACAGUGAGAUCUCAUCUUUCCUUUAUUUGUCUCAACCUCCUUCAGUUAAGUUGAGAAGCAGCUAAACACUAAUGAGCCACUGCGACUAAUAUGAACUUCUCUCAAUCCAAAACACUUGAUUCUAUUAGGAAACGCAGGGACGUGAAUUAUAAAUCUGAAGGGCGGAAGACUUUCAACACAGCCACGUGUCUCGAAUUCACCCGUCUCGUGUUCUUUCUACUUCUCCUGCCGCAGUUGGCUGAACAGCUCAGAGUAUCCACUUCCUAAUAAUUUCCCCUGUGCCUUCCAUCCCCUCAACAGAUGAGAUUUUCUAAAGAAAAAAAAGAAUAAUGUAAUUAUAUUUAAUUUUGAAGGCUAAGAAAUGGUUUUAAAUGUAAGGAUUGACAUCAAAUAAACACAUUUUUAUCAUUCCCUUACAAGCAACUCUUGCUUUUCCCUGACCGUUGUCUCCAUGUCAAUCAUUCACACAGGCUCAUUACCGAGUCGUUUUAUUAUUCUGGAGACUGACGUGAUACAAGAAGAUUAAUGGUCAUGAGGUAUAUCUUAGUGUUUAAGCACAAUUGCAAAUGUAUAUUGGAAAUCUCUAAUAUAAUACUUUGUUGUGAUAGGACGUAAAAAGUGGGCUGUCAAUCAAGAUGAAGAUGGUGUAUUACCUUAGUUAUUUGAAACCAUGUCUCAUAAUCACAGACCUCUGUAAUAACUCUGGAGACUGGCUGUAAGAAAAUGUGCUCCACAUGGAUUUCAGAUCACUAUCUGAACUGAAAUAGACAAAAGAUCAGGGGGGAGUAUUUUGUCAACUGUUUAUAUUGUCUUUGAAUCUUCAGUCUCAUGUCAUUUUAUAUUUUUUUUAAAGUUUUCAGAAUCCUCA